AAACGCUUUAGUUUGAAGAUCUCCCUGUCUUUCUCUACCAAACUCUCUUUCACUUCGUUAAUAGUUUCACUUUCACUUAUUCUGUACUAUUGUAAGUAAGGCCUUCGACGAUUACGGACAUGGACGAUUCAGACAGGAGGUUUCAUGCCCUAAUGGACAGGAUAUUCAACACUCCCAAGAAGGGUCAGAAAGAAUCCCCUUCCAGUUCAUCGGAUUUACAAACACCGAGGGGUGAAAAGCUUGCGGAUUCGCCGUCUUCAUUGGCAUUGAUGGAAUCAAAUGUAGGUGGUAAUGUCAGAGCUGGACCGUCCUAUCAGGGUCCAGAGUGUAGGCCAUGGGACCGUGGAGAUCCUAUGCGGAGAUUAGCCACAUUCAAAUCGAUGACAUGGUUUGCUAAACCCGAGGUAGUAAGUGCCUUAAAUUGUGCUAGAAGAGGUUGGAUCAAUGUAGACAUGGACACCGUAGCUUGUGAAACAUGUGGGGCUCGUUUACUUCUUUCUACACCUUCAGCUUGGAAUCAGCAGCAAGUUGAGAAGUCGGCUGCAGUAUUCAGCUUAAAACUGGACAAAGGGCACAAAUUACACUGUCCUUGGAUUGAUAAUGUCUGUGCUGAGAAGUUGGUUCAAUUUCCACCAACACCACCUCCAAUUUUAGUUGAUAAAUUUAAAGAACGUUGCUCUGCUCUCAUGCAACUCUCUGCUCUUCCUGUUAUUUCAUCGUCAGCCUUUGAGUACAUGAGAAGUCCUCAACUUGAGCAAAUUAUUGAACAAUCUUUAGUGCUGGAGUGUGAGAAUGGUUGUGCAGACAUGUCAAGAGUAGAGUACCUCAGAGAUGAACAUGAUGUGGAUUCUGAGAAGAAAUAUUAUCAGGCACAGAAGCUUAUAAGUUUAUGUGGCUGGGAACCACGCGUACUGCCUUACACAGUGGAUACUGGGAAUAAAUCAAGUCAACCCUCAAAAGAAAAUGUGCCAGAGUCACCUAAUUCAGCUGCUCAUGAUCUGAAUACCGAAAUCCAUGUGCUAUCUACUAGAAUUAAUGAGCCUACAGAGGCAAAUGAGAAUUCCAACAGUCCUUAUAUGCCACGAUCUGAUCCCAAUUCGGCUGCUCUAGAUUGCAGGCUCUGUGGAGCUAGUGUAGGAUUAUGGGCUUUCUGUACAGUACCAAGGCCUAUGCCUAUGGAACUGAUCCAGCUGGUAGGAUAUGGAGAAAUAAAUGGUGGAAACCAUUCUGAAAUCAAUGAUUCUCGCACCGAAACUAAUUCCAUAAAAAGGGGAGAGAUUAUACUUGCUGAUUCAGAUAUUACAACAUUGACUAAAGAGAGACAUCAAAGUUUAAAUCUGACUAUUGCAGGGGGUCCUCCACCAACAAAACAGAACUUUAAAGCUACAGUUUCCUUGCCUGUUAUUGGUCGGAAUCUUAGGGCUCGAUUUUUUUCUGAUUCUAAAUCGAGGGAUCCUGUAGUCUCUGAUCAAGAAAAAGAACAUGUCAAUGAAAAUGGUGAUGACCAAAACACAUCAGGUGUAACAGGUAACAGUGGGGAUGGUGAAGGCGAGUUGCAUAUUCCUGUAAACAACGGUCUUGUUUCUCAUGAUACUGGGAGCAAUCUAAUAAAACAAGUGUCAUCAGAUAAUAAAAUGGAGCUUGAUCCCGUCAGGCAGCACAGACAUUUUUGCCCCUGGAUUGCAUCAACAGGCAAGGGGACACCUGGAUGGAAACAGACACUAUCUGCUUUACAACGUCAGCAAAGGAGUUCACCACCUUCAUCUGAGAGAUCUCCAUUGUCAUCUAUUAUUAAGGUAGACGAUCCCCUUGCAUCUGUUAGAAAUAUUUUUAUGUCUCCAUCUGCCAAAAAAAGGAAGUGUGAUGUUUUAUCAACCCCAACUACUGAGAAAUAGGCAAGGAUUGGAGAUCUCAUGUUUGGUGAAAUGAUCAGAUGAAAGUUAAUUUCUCUGAUCAUUGAUCUCUUAUCUUCAGUUAAUUUAUCUGCAUUUGCUGCCAAACUACUGCUUGGAUGAACAUGGUGAAACUUCCAUUGGAGAAUGACACAUUACCUGCUAGGCUUCGAAAUUCAAGAAUUUGGUAUCGAGAGGUUCUUUAAAGCAAGAUAAGCGGAUAAUUGUACUACAUUAUUGUGUUGCUCAAAAACAAAAAGAGAUGCAAAUAUCAUUGUGUUACUCCAGCAAGCCACAAUUUUUCACUACCACCUUUGAGUAAGGGCGAUUGAAACCUCUUUCUGCAACAACGGCUCUCUUGUCACCUAUGAGCUUGGCCACCCUUCACAAGUGGACAAAAUUGUUGUUAGUGCAUUUAUUGAGAGGCUAAAAAGGAGUGUCUGAAAAUUUGUGCUGUCAUGGUUUGUAAGAAAAUAAUCGAGACUUUGAAUUAUACAUUUUUAAUCCUUUCCAUAUUAAUAUCACACAAUUUUGAUUGCUUUAA